AAGGUACAUUUUUCAAAUCGAAAAAUGGCGGGCGAGCUCAAAACAAAACACGCAGAAAACAGAUAAUAUCUCGCUCGAAAUACUCCCCAUUAUCACACACUGAAUGUUGGGAAAUGAAAGAGAAGAAUAGAGAGCGAUAUGGCGACUAUUGUAAAGUUCCAAAAGUUGAGAGACACGCGAGAGGUGAUGGAAAAGAGGCAAAUAUCGUUUACCAUGAGCUAAAUCCUGACAACAACAAACAUGAAACUACGCGACCAAGGGAAAUACUGAGCAUUACUAAUGCUGCUGUCGAAGGGCUCAACACUGCUAGGAUUUCGAGUGGAUCGGAUAGUACCGGUGCAAAGGAAGGGUGGCCUGAGAGUACAUCAGUUCAAGACGAGGCUGAUCAGCAUCAGCUAUCCACUUCGUCCAAAGAUGAAUUGCAAAGUUCAUCUACUACUACAAUGAGUGGAUCGUUCAGCGGCGUCCAGAGAGUCCGUGUACCAUCCAGGCUACUUAAAGAAAUACCGUCUCCUCUUGAUACACAUCAUGAUUAUACUGGUGACUCAACACAGGGUGACUUUUCUCCUAUUGUUGUGCAACAUUUUGAUGACCCUUCAGCAAAGGUAUUCCUUUCCUCCAAUCAUCACCCUGGCCUAGCAGUCCCCCCUAUGGGAUGUUCACUGAGGCCACCAUCUACAGAAGCAGUUUCCACAACCACAAUGCAGUCACACUUGAUUACUGAAGCAAGAGAUGGUGAAAUAGGCUGCCAAACUGUGUCCCAGCGGCAGCAAGAACCAGCCUUAUCACACAAUCAAACUCAGCCUACAAAGAAGCAGUUUCAAUUUGAGGAGCCUAAUUUGGGAAAAAGAAUGUCAAAGCAGCAGACAGAUAACAGAGUGCUGCAGCAAGGAGAUCCUAACACUAGGAACACUGCUAGCAUCCAUACAGAACCAGAUAAGGUAAAGGCAAUGUCAUUCUUGUUAAAUGAAAAGGAACGCUCAUUGAAAGAACAGUUUAUGCAAAGACAAGACAAAAAGUCAGCUCCCGUUAGGAGAGUUGUUAUGCCAACCGUCAUCCCAACACAGGGAACCCAGCAAUCUGGGCCAAAACCUGAUGACCCAGUGUCUACUGCUGCAGCCAUUGCUGCUGCUGCUGCUGCGUCAGCUGCCACUGUGCCUUUUUUGCAGAUCCAGCAUGGUUUAGAGUCACAGAUCAGGGCGUUGGUCAGCACUCUGCAAGGUUUGCAGUCUGGUGGGUCUCACCAUGGACAGGAGCAAGAUCUUCAGGAACAGAUCAACCUAAGGCUCCAACGACUAGAGGAGAUUCACAUGCAAACUAUGCAGUCACAACAAAUACAGACUACAGCCAUGCAAGACAAGUUCACAGGACCUGUUAUCCCUGCUUCACAAGGAAAUUCUGGCACAAUGCAGCAUGGAGUAGCUCCACCCGUGUCUGCUUGUCCAUCACACCAACCUUCUCAUGCGACCAUGUCUGAUGCACACCUUAACAUGUCGACACAUUUGGUGCCUACGCCCCACCACUCAUCUGACAGACCUCAUCAUGCAACCUCAUAUAAUGCACCCUCUGGCAUGCCGACACACAGGGAACCCCCACCCCAUCCCUCAUUCGCCCCUCACCAACCUUAUCAUGUGACCUCAUGUGAUGCACCCUCUGGCAUGCUGACACACAGGGAACCCACACCCCAUCCCUCAUUUGCCUCUCACCAACCUUAUCAUGUGACCUCAUGUGAUGCACUAUCUGGCAUGCAGACACACCGGGUACCUCCACCCUAUCCCUUAUCUGCCCCUUACCGACUUCACCAUGGGACCUCAUGUGAUGCUCCCUCUGACAUGCCCAGACAUGGGGUACCUCCACCCCAUCCCUCAUCUGUCCCUCACCAACCUGUGGUGAAGCAAGCUUGGGUACAACCUGAGCAACAGGUUGUGUACAAAGCUGCUUCGGAUCAAGCUAAAGAACACAGGCCUGUCGACAGACCAACUAAAGGCCAGAGAGACAAGACGAUGGCGGUCAAGAGCACAAAGACACAGACCUCCCCUCAGGAAUAUAGGGAAUCACCACUCCAUACCCCCCUUCCUCGAAAGCGCCUUCCUGUGCCCAUCUCGAGCACACACAUUGCACCACCAACAGAGCGCGUUGCUCUUGGCCACCACGAUAAACGGGUGCACUUCGAUGAUGAUGAUCACUGGCGAGCAAGGGACGACGAAAGGAAAACUAGGAAAGCACGUGAUAUUAUAGAGGAGCUCCUGGGAAAGCGGAGAAAAGUACCCGACACCUGGCACACACCAUUAGGAAUGAAAGAAAGGCGAACUGUCCUAGACACCCGACAUGAUACAAACGGCACAAGAUGGGACACGAACCACACACGGCUGGAUGCCAAUGACUCGCGACAAGAUAUGUUAAGGAGAUGGCCUUCUGUCACCCCCCAGCAAGCUACGGUACGACCGACAGCAGAGACACAAGCAAUGCUGGAUAACCUCACUAGGAUAAGCAAGGACCUAAAGACUGUUAUGCAUGAAGCUGACAAGCUAAAAACUGAUUUGAAAACAAUGAGAUAUGAAGAGGAUGUAGCUUCAUCGCAUUGCACCUCUAGACCCUCUCCUCUUGAUGCUUAUUUGCUGACAGAGAGUAGCGCCACUAAAGAGCCCUUAGACCCCAUAACUUAUGAAUCACGCCCAAAGGUUCAGCACCUUGCUGAUGCUGAGCACAUUCUGCGAGAUGUACAAACUAGAAGGAAGCAUCUUGAGUCUAAUCUGGCAGCAGUGCUGCGGCAAAGGGAUGAAGAGAUGCUAUACCACAUAGUAGAUGAUAUGCACAACUCUGAACACAGUGUAGCUGAGAUUAUUCGAAUCAGAAAAGAUGUGGACAAGAAAAUUGAAGAACUUACAGCAACUGUACAGAGAGAAGUAUUAAUGGAGAACCAACGAAGUGAAAACAAACAAGCAGCUGAAGAUAGAAAAAUUAGUAAGCCACAACAGAGACCAGGCAGAGGGGCACUUCAUGUGAAAGCAGUGAGUAAAAAGCCGCCUGUUCUAGCCAACAAACCACCACCCAAGAAAAUGCCAGGAAAAGAAAACAAGCCACGAUCAAAACCUAAACUUAACAAGGUGACAGCAAGCUCCAAAAGCAGUCAAAGCACACAGCCAGUCAGUAGUACCCUCUCCACUACUGCCAAGGACACAUACCUGACCAGUGUGUAUGGUCGACAACCCUACCAUCCGCAUCGUACCACUUCCAAGGCCCCCUACCUGCACUACCAGUCACCCAUCCCUGACAAGACUGCAGCUCUUACCAAAGCUCUGCUUGGAGUUAGGGGGGAAGUUAUCGAGCCAACAGUGCAAGAAAUGCCUAAGCAGGAAAGAAUCAAAGAGCUUCCAGUCAACAAAGAUAAAUUUUAUUUCCACCCUUCUGUAAAUGCAAGCAUUCAUGAUGUACCAACGGCAAGCAAAGCUCCUGUGGUGGGACAUCUGGUGCCUAUGGCUGUUCCUCUAGGGAAACCCAACAGAGAUCCUUCCCUACGUUUGCCACUGACUUCAUUCACUGCAGAAAGAAAUACAUCUAAUGCCAUGGAUUCUACGAUUUCUGAAGCUCCUCCAGCCUCGACACCAAAGCCUCCUGUUUCAAUGCCUGCUUCAUCUAAUGUGGCUGUGAUAACAGUCAAGGAAGAGGGGGCUGGUGAGCAGUGUCACAAACAUAGAAAAGGAACAAAAAAGACAAAAAAGAGCGGCCUUGGAGUUCAGGUGCUACCUAAAGUUGAUAUUGACAGUUUGACUGAGUCAAGUGUCAGCAGUGCCACCACACCCCGUCAGGCUGAGGUGAAGUUGGAUCCACCUAUCACAAGGCCUGAUGAGUCUGAAUACAUGGAGAUGCAGAACUUUAUUGCAGUCAGAGAUACAGCACCCACAGAAGAGCUAAGUGAUGAUGAUGAUAUCAGCAGAAUUCCCACUCCAGACAACCCCUUGACAAUCAAAGGUCACUUGGAGCCGCCCAGACUGUACCAUGGGCCAGUGUUCCCCCCUGAGCAACCUAGCUUGACUGUUCCUGUUGUGUCUGGUGUCAUGGAUAGUGAUCAUCGUGUUAGUGAGGCUAUCGAGGACAGAGCUGCAGAGUGGAUUGAGCAAGAGCUGCUUGCCAGGAUUGUCAGUGAGAUGAACAAACCCUUACCAGACCCGACGACAGUAACCAAACCUUCUGACCUCACCCCUGAUAGUAGUGUGGUGUCAGAGUCUGAAGAUGGUGAAGUACUUGCUGCAACUAUAGGACUGGAUGGCUUACAGCUGUUUGUUAAUGCUGGGCUACCUGUGGACCGAGACUUGGUCGCUCAUCUCAUCAAGGAUGUCAUUACCGAUCAGAUUAUAGCGACCCUUGGGUACCCAGCACCAUCAGCAACCGUAGGCACUCCAAAGACAGAAGAAGUGGAAGAGAUGGCAUCCAACAACUCCUUCCCUAAGGGAACCCCUGUGACCACACCCAUCCCCACACCUGUCUACACUCCGCCCGAGUCCGAGAUAAGCGAGUCGCCAGAUGCACUGGUCACCCCCGCCCUCACUCCAUCACAGUCCAGUAUGAGCCAAGAGAUGGACUCCAUGGAAACAGAACCAACACCUCCACCGAAAGAAAUGCCACCACAACCAGCAGAGGAAUCACGGACUUCUGAAGUGCACUCUCCUGUGGGAACACCCCUGAUGACACCAUCGACUGGUACCCAGACCCCUCCUGGUAGUCGGUCUACACCCGAGCCCUCGUUAGAGGAGCCAGAGGUCUCUGCCAUGGGAACUCCUGUGUCCACCCCGCAAGCAACAGUGCAGACUCCGCCCCCUCCACCUGAGCCAAGCAAAGUUUCGAGUCCGACACCAAGCCCAGAGCCUUCGGUACAGACCCCUCCCCCUCUCCAAAGUGAGCCAAGCACGUCAUCCAAGCCAAAGGCGUCACCUAGCCCGUCCUCCAUAACAACAAGCACCUCUACAUUUGAAGCGACUUCAACAACGACUGCGACAGAUGAAGACAUGUCUGAAGGACAGCUUAUACAGCCCUACGUACAUGCUAAUCAGUUCAGUGAGGGGGAAUUCGCUGUGGCCCCAGGCCUUCUUUCUAAGGUUGAGGAGGAGUGGGAUGCAGCCAUGCUGGGGCCUGAUGAGGACAGUCGCAAUGAACUCAUCCGUGUUGCUUUACGUGGGUUACUGCAGCGCGGGAAAGAGGAAGGGGCGCUGACCCGCGUAAAAGAGGGCUCAAGCACCAGCAGUGACGCUUCUGAGCCGACGAGCAUGGCCAGCACCCUCCGCGAUACAACUGACAUCAAAGAGGACUCUCUGGCUGAUGUAACACCAAGCGAGGGUGAAUUGAUCUUAGCCCCACCCUCUACCUGUCAACCGCAAGGCGCACGCGCCCUAGAGAGUGAGGGUGAGGUACCCACUGACAUAUCACCUCGGGACAGACCCUCUGAUCAAGUUGCAGGUACUAGUGAUGUAUCCCCCGGAGAGGUACAGCCUACCCAGGUACCGUUAAGUGCACCAUCACCUGGCGAAACCCCGCGCAGUCGACGCCAAGAAGCCAGUAAUAGACAACUCAAAACUGUCCCCGUGCCCCAGACAAGCCCUGAACAACUGGUGGUUCGUCCCCGUCGAGGCCCCUUCAAAAGGCAAUCACCGAAACAGACGUCGGUUGAGACAGACCCUGUACCUCUUCCACGCCCUGGGAAGAGUGAGGACGACACAUCGAGUCGUUCACUCCACACGUCCGACCUACACAGGCCGACCAAGAAGAAUACAGUGGCAGCCAGACCCAAGAUCAUACGCGUCGCAAGCGGAACCGAGGGAGACGACCUUCCAGCCGCGGAGCAAUCAACACAAGGCAAUGUCGCCAUGGUAACCACUCCUACCGAUGACGUGGAUGUGGACUCACCCCAGGCCCCACCAACGCGUAUCCAGGUUACUAUUCCCUUGAUGGACGUCAGUGAGAGCCCAGUUAACAGUGAACUCGGAGGGCCUAGUAACGAGGAUACAUUCGGUGAUGUGUCCUCAAUUUCCGGGGGUAAUUUCUAGGAAACGAUGAAGGCACCUUCGCCCACUGGCACGGACUCGAAAGAUUGACACUAUAAUGCAAAUGAAAAUAAAAGCUUUGAUUUUUCACGUU